AUGGUUGAGGUUGUCAGCCGCAGCAACCUGGUUAACAUACUGAAUAUUGCGCCGGUAGCGCCCGCUACCACUCAGGAAGAGGAAAAAGUCGACCUUCGACGCAUUUCCGUGGCGGUGGACUACGCCGACGUCCGGGACGUCCACCUAUUAAGACGAGCGGUCACUCAGGUCACAAUUGACAAAGGUGCCAAGGGAUCCAGAUGUAUUUGGGGUAACGAAGGCCUUCGGCCUUUUUGGUGGCCUGAGGGUGUGCCGUUUGUGGCGCCCUCAGCAACACACACGGACGAUGGUAUGCUUAUCACACAAAUCUCCUUAUCUCAAACUUUUACUCAGGAAUGGAAAUUAUGUAAAGUCCACUUCUUUCCCAGAAUGAAAAUCGAUGUUAAUUAAGGUCAUGUACUAAUAAUCUCAAGUACAUGACCUUUUAAUGGAUAACAACUUCUGCAUAACAGUCACCUAAUCACGUACCCAGAAGUAGCACUGGUACGUCCUUACCAGCAAUAGACAGUUGUCUCCAUGUCCUUCCAACGCAUACCACAUGCCUCGCAAAGAAUCAAUAAGUACUUUUUUCCAACUGUAUCCUUAAGAAUUCAUAUGGAAAUAAAUAUAGCAA